UCACAUUAUCUUAUAUCUGAUCAUCUGACUGUCUGACUCGUACACGGAAACAGAGUCUAAGUGAGGUUUAAUAUAAGAUUUCGAGGCAUUUCGCGUCUUUACUCUCGGUGUUUCGACUUCAGAAGGAUAAAUUUAUGCGUUCAUAUUAACGCUUGAUCGCUCAGGUACCUUAGCUUCAAAAAUGACAGAUACAGAGGAUUUGUUGAACGAGACCGUUCUUCCGGAGGAUUUGAAGAAGUAUGAGAAAGUGUAUCAUGAACAGUUGCACGGGGGUAGCGUAACACGUCAAGCACAAUUUAACUAUGCCUGGUGUCUGGUGAGAAGUAAAUUUCCAGUUGACAUUCGUAAAGGCAUCAUUUUGCUGGAAGAGCUGUUUAGAAGUGCAGCAGAUGCAGAGGAUGAAAGGAGAGACUAUCUGUACUAUUUAGCACUUGGAAAUUGUAGAAUUAAGGAAUUCUCUGCUGCAUUACAAUAUACAAGUGCAUUCCUUGAAAUUGAACCAGGAAAUGCUCAAGUGAAGACCCUCGAAGAAGUGAUAAGAAAAAAAAUGGAGAAAGCCGAAAUCCAAGAAGGCAUCAAAGGGAUUGCUAUCAUCAGUGGAGUAGUUCUGGCACUUGGAAGCAUUGUCGGGCUAGGGAUGGCUCUCAGCAAGAAGUAACCUGCUCAGCAAGUGUGAGGCCUUCCUGUAUACAUACCAUUAUAUUGUUAUCCGAUUCCUUUUUUGUUGUCGCAAAUCUUCUAUGAAGUAUAAAUAUUUUUGAUGUACUCUCUUUUGUAAAUAGGCUCUUUAGCACUCACCUCAUGCUCCAAUGCACCACUUGAAUCAAAUAUAGUUUUUGAUCAAUCAACAGUAUCAAUUGGAAAGCGGGUGAUUAGACUGGAAGAUGAGUUGAUUGAUCAUAGAUCACUGUUAUCAUUGCUGAUUUUAGAAUUUAAGUGAUUUUGUUUCACUUUUAUUCUUCUGUACAAUCAUUCACUCUUGUACUGUUGUGGUGAAAUCACUCUUCUUUUUUAUUUUUCCUGAAUAUAUAAUUUUGAAUGACUGGAGUGAUAAGUCAAUGACUCCUUUUUACACAUUACCACACAUCUAUUUAUAGUUUUUGUACAGUUAAAGUGUUGAAAUUUUGAUGACUCCUUGUCUUAUUUAUUAUGAAUAAAAUGUUCCUCUUAUUAGUUGAA